GUAAUGCGAACGAUGAGCGCACGGUUAGCGAAAGGUGAACGCUUUGUGAACGAUGAACAGUAAACGCGAGUGGUUGGUGAACGGUGAACGCAAAACUGUGAACGGAGAGCGAACGGUGAAUACACGGUCAAGGCACAGUAAGCGAACGGAGAACGCUUCAUGGACUGUAGAAAGUGGCUAUGUUUUGAUUGCUACACUGUUCUGCAAGUUUGCAAUGGAUUUCUAUGCCGUUCAUUAUUUCAAUAAUGAGCAAGCUUCUUGUGGCAGCGAUUGAUUUUGGGACAACAUACUCGGGUUAUGGUUUUUCUUUCCGGCAUGAUUUCGAAAGCAAUCCGUUGAAAAUAAGUUUGAACCAGUGGGCAUCUGGUACCGGUCGCCUUCUUACAGAGAAGACACCGACUUGUGUACUCUUUAAUCCGGAUGGAGAGUUUGAUUCAUUUGGUUUCGAGGCCGAGGAAAAGUAUGGUAACCUAGCUUUGGAUGAAGAACACAAGCCGUGGUACUACUUCAGAAGGUUUAAGAUGGGUCUGUAUGACCAACAAGGAAUAUCCAGAAGAUACAGAAUUGAGGAAGAGGGCACAAAAAAGACAAUGGAUGCCAUGAAAGUGUUUACCGCGUCCAUCAAAUACUUAAAGGACCAUAUGAUUUCCAAUUGUGCAAACCAACUAGUAAGGAUCCAAGAAGAUGAGAUCUACUGGGUGUUGACAGUCCCAGCCAUCUGGAGUGAUCCAGCGAAAAAGUUUAUGAGAGAGGCCGCAGAAAAUGCUGGUAUAUCUACAGAUCGAUUGAAAAUAGCUCUUGAACCUGAAGCAGCAGCCCUUUUCUGCAAGUACCUACCGAUUGAGAAAAGAGGAGACACUUUUCAGCCAGGUUCCAAAUACAUGGUGAUAGACGCCGGUGGUGGCACUAUCGAUAUCACUGUUCAUGAAGUGCAGACAAACAAGACCUUAAAAGAGCUAUAUAAAGCUAACGGUGGACCAUGGGGCGGUGUCAGAGUUGACGAGGCGCUGAGGGAUUUACUGGCAGAUAUCGUUGGUACAGAUAUCAUGGAAAAGUUCUCUCUAUCACAGAAGAUUGAUGAAAUAGAUCUUUUUCGCGAUUUUGAAAUAAAGAAGAAAACAAUAAAACCGGACACGAAGGAUAUGGUCACAUUCAAAGUCCCAACUGCAUUGGUUAAUCUUUUCUCAGAAACAAAAAACAAAAACAUAUCAACUGUUGUUGAAUCCAACAAGAAAUACAAAGGAAAAUUGAAAUGGGUCGGAGAUAAAUUGAGAAUGGAGGCAAAUAUAACUCAGGGGCUCUUCGAAGAAAGCUGUGAUAAAAUAGUUGAUCAUGUUCAGUCCAUUUUCCGUGAUAAAAAAGUAAAAGAAAUAAAAACAAUUUUGCUAGUAGGAGGAUAUGCUGAAUCGCCCAUGCUUCAGGAGUCGAUGCAAAAAAAAUUUGGACAUUUGAAAAUAAUAAUUCCACAAGAAGCAGGGUUGUCAGUUUUGAAAGGGGCCGUCAUAUUUGGUCACGAACCUGAUGCCAUAUCUACAAGAAAAUGCAAAUAUACAUAUGGAGUAGAUAACACUGAAAUAUUUGAUCCAAAAUUACAUCCUGCCGAGAAGAAAAUCGUGAUAAACGGAAAAGAUAGAUGUGAUGAUAUUUUCAGUACCCAUGUAAUUGUUGGUCAGGAAAUACAUGUCGGAGAAUCACAGGUCUCACAAAGAUAUGGAGUAUUAAAACCUAACCAGACAACCAUGCUCUUUAAUCUAUACGCGUCGACAAUUCAAAACCCAAAAUUUGUCACAGAUAUUAGUUGUCAGCAUUUAGGAAAAUUUACAAUAGAAUUACCAGACACUACAAAAGGGCUUGACAGGCACGUAGAGGUUAACUUGACUUUUAGUGGGACUGAGAUAGAAGUUACUGCCACCGACAUAGACACUGGGAGGUCGGUAAAGACUGUGGUCGACUUCCUGGGAUAACUUUUUAAAAAAGCCAAUGGAUAUGUCCGAGAAUUUAAGAACGGGAGAAAACACUGAAAUGCACUUUGAAGAAGGACUAAAAUGUUAAGUGAGUUACUGUCAAAUUAAUCGUCGAUUUUUCUUUCGUCACCCAUAAUGCAACAACAGUACUUGUAAGUCUUUCAGAAACAUCAUUUUUCAACAAAAACCUCAGUCGUGCAAAUGACUUUUCUUGACGUUGUACAUGUACAUGUACGUUGAUAUAAUUAUCAUAUAUGACUGCUACUAUAUUUUUAUCGCUGACGAUCAUUUAUAUCGACAUGAUUGAUUAGAUAGUAUUGAACUUUCAAAUUGCAUUCUCCACCAGAGGGCGCGAUACACAAGCCUCAUUUAACCCCCUGUCAACGCUUGUUAAGUACAUUUUUACUAUUUAGCUGUUUGUCUCUUAUUUUACAAGAUGCAUCGUAUAAUUACUGCUUUUUUACUUUUGAUUUCAUGUUUACAUUAAAUUUCCACAACGAAAAUAUCCUACAUUCAUUCGCAUAUUACGUAGUAAUUCCAAAUUUAGGAUAAUAAAACAACGAUGUUAAACAAUACAGUAUAAGCAUCAAUUUAUUUGCACCAAAAUCAUUUCAUAAUAUGACUAAAUAUCUAGUCCAAAACAUAAAUAUUGGAUAUUAGAUACUUUCACAAGAUUUCUAUAAAAAGCCGUUGACAGAGGUGUUAGUGGUCGUAGCGCACAGAACUCUGGGUAGAAAAUGUUUCAAUUUGCUGUAUAUAAUCAUCUUGACGGUGUUUCAAACUAAUUCCAAGUAAAUUUGCUUAGAACUACUUUACUUAACCAUAGGUCAGUUAAGAUAUAAAAUGCAUAUUGUUUUGUGUCUACAUUUGCACGUAUAUUCUAAAUGAAAUACUAUCAAUACUA